CCUAUCAACUCCCCCAUGAAGAAACCCUUUCAACUCCCCUUCUUUCACAUAACUACUCCAACUAAAGCAACUUAAUUACCCUCCUAAUCCUCUUACUAAUUUCUACAAAUACCCUCAAAAAACAUGUCUCCAAAUAAAGAACCUCAAACAAACAAUAACACUAAUCUUGUAGCCAUGUUUCGAUAUGAUUCAUCGAUAGCGUUAGCCGAGAAAAUUUCAUGGUACUCUUUCUUGUUCUUGUCAAUAAUGUUGGUUUUGAGCUUGUAUGAAUCAGGUGAGAGUGAAUUGUUUAUAGUUCAAAUGCAGCAGCAGAAAAUGGCUAUGAAUGAAAAUAGGCCAUGUGAUGAGAUUUAUGUUGUAAGAGAAGGUGAAACUUUGCAAACAAUUAGUGAAAAAUGUGGAGAUCCUUUUAUUGUUGAAGAGAAUCCUCAUAUUCAUGAUCCUGAUGAUGUUUUUCCUGGUCUUGUUAUCAAGAUUACUCCUUUCAAGAAUAGGUAGAAAAUUGUAUAAUUGUAUUGCCAUGUAUACUUUUUUUAUUAUGUACCGGUCUGGUAUUGAAAAUCCAGACUAAUCCAGAUUCACAAUGUAUAGUACAUAUUAAAGGGGAAAGCAAUUCCUCUAUGGAAUAUCUUCAUUCUCGGAACUUAAAACCAAGACACCUGUUGCUAUAUACUCUUUUUGUGUUCUUGUCAUCAUUUACCUUCAUAAGGUAGGGGUUACACACCACCAUUCCCGGACCCUACUUGUGGGAUUAUGUUGCGUAUGUUGUUGUUCUUUUAUUUUAUUUAUUUGGUUACUCAUUUGAUAUUCAGAAUUUACUGGUCUGAAUAA